AUGCCAUACGGUACUUCCGCCUUGCUUUUUGCGUCGCUGGGCGUAGCCGCGGUGGCUUUGGUGACAUUCUUCAGAAUACGUCGUAAUCAAUCCAACGCAGCGAAGGCCUCCUACCCCCCCGGACCAAAAGUUGCGAAUAUGCCACUUCUUGAUGCGUGGGUGACGUAUCGUGAAUGGGGAAACGUUUAUGGAAAUCUUAUCUACCUUCCUGAAUGGAAUGUCCUGAUAACUAACAACGCGGAAGUUGCCAUUGACCUACUGGAAAAGCGUGCUCGCAUCUAUUCAGACCGAGCCAUAUGCGGGGGUGAAAACCUACUCUCAGUCGAACGUUAUUCCGAAAAGUGGCGUAGAGACAGACGGGUCUUCCAGCAAACCUUCCGUCAAGCUGCGGUCAGUAACUUCUACCCGGCCCAAUACUAUAAGGUGCAUGAAUUCCUACGGAACUUGAUAUACAAGCCUGGCGACGCUCCGGCUCACAUUCAAGGACUCUCUCAAGGCCUUGUGUACAAAUCUCUAUAUGGGCUCGACAUCACCCCCGAAGAUGAUUUGGCCAAGAAGGCUACAGGGAUAGUUGGGACUUUCGCCAGAGCCCUAAUCAGUGGCGGCUUUCCUACAUAUGAAUGGUUUCCGUGGCUAGUUUACCUGCCUUCCUGGUUCCCUGGAUGCGAAUUCAAACGGGUUGCAAUCGAGUGCGGCAGAGUUGUAGAGGAGGUAGACACCAUCCCAUUUGACAUCGCUGUGGAAAAUUUGAAAAAUGGCGUUAGUACGUCUCCUAUAGCCGAAUUGGCGGCACAGAGGCCCCAAGAUUAUAAGGAAAUCAAGGCGAUGGGUACGAUGAGUUUCAUUGCUGCAACGGAUACGACUAUGUCUUCUAUCUCUUCAUUCAUGCUGGCUAUGUGCAUGCAUCCCGACGUGCAGGCCAAAGCCCAAGAAGAAAUUGAUCGUGUUGUUGGUAAAGAUCGAUUGCCCGCCUUUGAAGAUCGUCGGUCCUUGCCUUAUGUUGAAGCCGUCUACCGUGAAGUUAUGCGACUUGACCCUCCUAUUCCUCUUGGAUUCCCUCACACCUCUACGGAAGAUGAUUUCUAUUGUGGAUAUCAUAUUCCGAAAGGAUGUUCGGUCGUUGCUAACAUUUGGGCCAUGAAUCGAGACCCGAAUGUGUAUGCAGAUCCCGAUAAAUUCCUGCCCGAGCGUUAUUUGAACUCUUCUACUGGGCCUUUCGAAAGCAUCGACAACAUCUACGCAUAUGGGUUUGGCCGACGAGUCUGCGCCGGGCGUUAUAUGGCUGACAACACCGUUUGGCUCACAGUUGCCUCUGUCCUGGCCGCCUUUACACUGGGUAAGGCCAAGGAUGAGAACGGGAAUGAAAUUGAUAUCACCGGCGAAAUGACCGAUCUUUUCUUCCGUCAUCCUAAACCUUACCAGUCCAGCAUCACUCCUCGAAGUCACCUCGCAGAAGAGUUGGUCCUUGCAACGGUCGACCAUGGUAACUGA